UUUGUAAGAACAGCAUUCAAAAUAAUGAAGGGAAUAAUUAUUUGUUGUUUUCUCGUCCUUAUACCUAGUUUUACUCAAGGACUCUUAAAGACUUACGAGUACGAAUUUGGGAAAAAUGUCGGAGUUGUCAUAUACGACUAUACCGGUAAAAUACCUUUGACUCAACAUACAACCCAGAAAAGUAUUCCUGUACCCAAUAAUGCAAUAUUGACAUAUGUCAAGGUGACAGUUGAUGCGAUUGCGCCUCCCAAAGUUGACUUCAAUCGGGACACCAACGUAGUUACCGUAAAAUUUAGUUGGGCAAAAAUUUAUAGGUCUACUUACACGGUUCAGGCCAAAGGACUCAUAUAUUAAUAUAUAUGAAACAAUAAAAGAAAUAAAUCUUUUAUGAAAAUGAUUAUUAUUAAUAUCUCUCGAGUUAUUUGAUUAAAAAAACUAAUGAGUAUGACUUAUUAUUUUUAACAAG